GCCAUCUGAAUGCUAAGCCCAGGCAGACUGAUCACGAAGUGGCAACUUAAGUGGCAGUAUCUAUACUGAAAUCGUCAGGCAGCCAGACCGUUUGAAGCAAAUAUUGAUAAAGUAGCCCUCACCUAAUUUUUUAUCUAAGGAAUCUCAGGAAGACGGGAGAAUGGACAGACAGCAAAGAUUCACGUCUGAGAAGGAUGAGUAUCAGUUUCAACAUCAGGGAGCCGUGGAGCUGCUUGUGUUUAAUUUUUUGCUCAUCCUUACCAUUUUGACAAUCUGGUUAUUUAAAAAUCAUCGAUUUCGCUUCUUGCAUGAAACCGGAGGAGCAAUGGUGUACGGCCUUAUAAUGGGAUUAAUCUUACGAUAUGCUACAGCACCAACUGAUAUUGAAAGUGGAACUGUGUAUGACUGUGGAAAACUGGCCUUCAGUCCAACAACUCUGCUGAUUAAUAUCACUGACCAAGUAUAUGAAUAUAAAUACAAGAGAGAAAUAAGCCAGCACAACAUUAGUCCUCACCAAGGCAAUGCUAUACUUGAAAAGAUGACAUUUGAUCCAGAAAUCUUCUUCAAUGUUUUACUGCCACCAAUUAUAUUUCAUGCAGGAUACAGCCUAAAGAAGAGACACUUUUUUCAAAACUUGGGAUCUAUUUUAACAUAUGCCUUCUUGGGAACUGCCAUCUCCUGUAUCGUCAUAGGGUUAAUCAUGUAUGCCUUUGUGAAGGCUAUGGUAUAUGCUGGCCAGUUGAAAAAUGGAGACUUUCAUUUCACUGACUGUUUGUUUUUUGGUUCACUGAUGUCUGCUACAGAUCCAGUGACAGUGCUGGCCAUUUUUCAUGAACUGCACGUUGACCUUGACCUGUACACACUCUUGUUUGGGGAGAGUGUGCUGAAUGAUGCAGUGGCCAUAGUCCUUACCUAUUCCAUAUCCAUUUACAGUCCCAAGGAGAAUCCAAACGCAUUUGAUGCUGCAGCUUUCUUCCAGUCCGUGGGGAAUUUCCUGGGGAUCUUCGCCGGCUCAUUUGCCAUGGGGUCUGCAUAUGCUGUCGUCACAGCGCUGUUGACCAAAUUUACCAAAUUGUGUGAAUUCCCUCUGCUGGAAACAGGCCUGUUUUUCCUCCUGUCUUGGAGCGCCUUCCUGUCUGCUGAGGCUGCUGGCCUAACAGGAAUAGUUGCUGUUCUCUUCUGUGGAGUCACACAGGCACAUUAUACUUACAACAAUCUGUCACUGGAUUCCAAAAUGAGGACUAAACAGUUGUUUGAAUUUAUGAACUUCUUGGCUGAGAAUGUCAUCUUCUGUUAUAUGGGCCUGGCACUCUUCACAUUCCAGAAUCAUAUCUUUAAUGCUCUUUUUAUACUUGGAGCCUUUCUAGCAAUUUUUAUUGCCAGAGCCUGCAACAUAUAUCCCCUCUCCUUCCUCCUGAAUCUGGGCCGAAAACAGAAGAUCCCCUGGAACUUCCAGCACAUGAUGAUGUUUUCAGGUUUGCGAGGAGCAAUAGCAUUUGCCUUGGCUAUCCGGGACACAGACUCUCAGCCCAAACAAAUGAUGUUCACCACCACCCUGCUCCUAGUGUUCUUCACAGUCUGGGUGUUCGGAGGAGGAACGACUCCCAUGCUCACCUGGCUGCAGAUCAGAGUUGGUGUGGACCUGGAUGAAGAGCUGAAAGAAGAGCCCUCUUCACACCAGGACGCAAACAGCUUGGAUAAAAGCACAACCAAAACGGAGAGUGCUUGGCUCUUCAGGAUGUGGUAUAGCUUUGACCACAAAUAUCUGAAACCGAUUCUAACCCACUCUGGCCCUCCGCUGACCACAACGUUACCCGAAUGGUGCGGUCCCAUUUCCAGGCUGCUCACCAGUCCUCAGGCCUAUGGGGAACAGCUGAAAGAGGAUGAUAUGGAAUGCAUUGUCAAUCAGGACGAGCUGGCCAUGAAUCACCAGGAGCAAGCCACCUCACCUAGCAGUCCUCCUGCAAGGCUGGGUCUGGACCAGAAAACUUCACCCCAGACUCUGAGCAAAGAAAACCUUUGUGAGGGAGACCUCGGCCUAGGAGGCUACGAACUCAAGCUUGCACAAACGCCUGGGCAAUCCCCGCUGUCCUUCCUUCAAGGGAAGCUCUGUCUGAGGGAAAUUAUAUUAGCCAGAUCUAGAGCCCUCAGUGAGCACUUGCUCUCUGCCACCGACUUUAGGCCUAGCGACUGCAGGCAGCUGUGCAAUGGUGUCAAGUCUUCAAUGCCAAUGCAGGAACAGCUGAAAGAGGAUGAUAUGGAAUGCAUUGUCAAUCAGGACGAGCUGGCCAUGAAUCACCAGGAGCAAGCCACCUCACCUAGCAGUCCUCCUGCAAGGCUGGGUCUGGACCAGAAAACUUCACCCCAGACUCUGAGCAAAGAAAACCUUUGUGAGGGAGACCUCGGCCUAGGAGGCUACGAACUCAAGCUUGCACAAACGCCUGGGCAAUCCCCGCUGAGCUAG